AUGGACAUGGGCAGUAUGGGCUCCGGAAGCGGUGUUCCGGGGUAUUUUUAUAUGCAGAAAAUGUUCUGGGCUGUCAUCGGAGCUGUAGUCGGGUUUGCUGCUCUUCUCAACCUACUCGACCACAUUCUUCUCUGGCAGCGACAAAGGAGUCAAAAUGCGAAACCGAAAUCUUUUUUUUGGUCAUUCUAUGCAACCAUAACCGCCCUGGGUCGCGAGAUCAAUUCCGCGUCCUUGCCAACGUACCAGUUCAAAUGGCUGAAAAUGCGAGCCCCUCCCUUGGGCAAGACCGUCUUGGCUCUCUCCUAUUUGAUCACAGUCAUCGUCUUCUGCUUCUACAAAUACGACACCGGUGAUCAGUGGAGCUGGGAGAACAUCGCAUAUCGAUGUGGGUGCAUCGCCCAAGCUCAACUUCCUCUUAUUUUCCUCCUGGCCGGCAAGCAAAACAUCAUCGGUUACCUGUCAGGUGUGAGUUAUGAACGUCUGAACUGGUUGCAUCGCUGGGUCGCUCGCGUUCUGUGGUUGACAUGUACGUUUCAUCUGAUGUUCUGGUUCAGGAGCUGGGCAAGAUAUGACUACAUCAAGGUGAAGUUGUCGACAGACCAGAUGACUCAGACUGGCUUUGCGGCUUGGUGCAUUCUCACCGCCCUUGUGGCCACCUCUUUUGCACCUAUGCGACGGGUGAAUUAUGAGAUAUUCCUGGUGGUGCACCUCGUCCUUUUCGCGGGCUUCAUUGGAGCCGUCAUGCUCCACGUCGACUAUGGCAAGACCUACGUCUGGAUAUGUGUCGCUCUGUUUUUUCUCGACCGAGUUUUGCGUUUCGGCGUCUCCCUGGUGGCCAACCUGUCAAUUUUCCAUCGUCGAAUCCCGGGCAGAAGUUGGCUCUGGGCACACAAAGCCACCUUGACCCCUCUGGCAGGAGAUGUCACCCGCAUCACUAUCGACCAACCUGUGUUAAGAUGGAGCCCUGGACAACAUGUUUUCCUCUCAUGCCACACAGUGGCCCCGUUGCAAAGUCAUCCUUUCAGCAUAGCAUCAAUUGAGUCUGACAACCAGCUGGUAUUCCUCAUACAAGCUCGCCAAGGAGGCACGAAGCGCUUCCACCGAUUCGCUUUGAAAAAUCUCAGCCUAUUUAAUCCUUCUGGGCCUGAAGUGAAAAGACAACAGCUUGUUGGAGUGGAGGGACCGUAUGGAACGAUCCGUCCACUGCGGCAAUUCGACAGCAUUUGUCUCUUUGCAGGCAGUACUGGAGCGACAUUCACCGUCCCGCUACUGAGGGAUAUCGUGCAAAGGUGGAAGGCCAGCGUCCAAGGGACAUUUUCGAUUGUUACGCGGAAGAUCCGCUUCGUUUGGGUAGUGAAGUCUCGAGACCGAGUGGGGUGGUUCAAGGAUCAGCUCGAAACCGCACUGCUAGAUGUCCAAACCAUUCGGAAGAUUGAUGGAUUCUCUGAAAAAGAGCUUGACCUCAGCAUUUAUGUUACAUGCGACGAGGAGUUAGAAGCAUCAAAUCCCGAUGGCUUUUGUGGACCGGAAGCGCAUGGAGCUGUCCAGGUUACGGCCAGAGCCUCUUCCGAGACCAAUGGCCCAACCAAAAAGUCCCCGGACCAACAAGUGGAGAUAAGAUCAAUCACGUCCACUGAUCAGAAUAACGACGGCUGUGGACCGGACGGUACCUGUUGUUGCAAGGCUGCUGUUGACGAGGAUGGAGCGGCAGCAAAGUGCUGUUGCUGUGGACCUUCAUCAAUCUCUCUCUCCUCGUCUUCUUCGUCAAUCAACGAGAAGGGUCCCGAAACUCUGCCAACCAAACCGGCUGAAGAUAAGCCGCAGCUCAAGCUGAUCGCCGGUCGACCCAAACCACGAAACAUCAUUCGGAAGGUGUUGGAAGAAGCCGAGGGUGAAAGUGCAGUGGUUGUUUGUGGACCCCAGGGACUACAAGACGACGUGCGACGAAGCGUCGUCGCAUUGAGUGACGAACGUGCUGUUCACAAAGGGACGGGGGCGCAAGGCAUAUAUCUUCACGUGGAAGGAUUCUGUUAUUAG